AUACACAUACACAAGCACAUUGUCCGCCGUGCUAUGCCGUCGUCGUGGUCGCCACCGUUCGCUCAACAUAUCCGCCGCCGUCAAACUUUUCACUUCGCGCGCCUCUCUUUUGCCGCCAGAUUAAAAUAAUAGUAAUAAUAAUACUAUAAUAUUUUACUUUAUAGACACACUCGACAACAUAAUAUUAUUAUACCGGCGACCAUAGCCGGUCCGUCCGAGCACCGCGCCGCACGUUUUUCGCCUACAAACACACACACACGCUGCACGCAUGUCAAGCCGCCGUUAAAAAUUGUACAUACAGUUGGAAUACGCUCUUCGCGCCUUCAAAAAUGAUGAUGGACCCGACGUCGUCCUAUUGGGACCAACACCACCACCACCUUGCCUACCAUCAGAGCCGUCACGUCGACAACCAGGGCCACCAUCUCCAACAACAGCAGAUACAGCAGCAUCGAAGACCCGAUGGAACGACCCCGACCGCAACAACCGUCCAAGAGACCGAUAACAUUUCGGACGAUUCGUAUCUGACGUCGACGCACAGUGUCAUGACAGGAGAGUCUGUGUCACCGCCGUUGGCCGCAGGAGGUGGAGGCACCGGUGGUCUUUCGCCGGAUGCUAUGGGUGCUGCGGGUUGCGGCACGUGCUGCACCGCCGGCGCCGACCGGGGAGGAGCAGGGUCCGAGUCCGCUAUGGCCAUGUGCUCUUGUCAGCUGACCGCGGCCGCAUCGCUACCUUCGCACUACGCCAGCCGAAGCACGCCCGCGGCCACCGCCGUUUACACCCCGUACCCGUCCACCGACCAGAACCCUUACCCUAGCAUCGACACGUCGUCCUUUUACCCACACCUGAGCAAUCCGUACGGGCUUAAAGACUCGACGGGAUCGUCGGACAUGUGGUCGAGCGCCGCCAGCCUUCAACCGUCUACGGGAUACUAUCACUACGACUCCACGUUGGCCGCAUACGGGUACAGUGCGGGAUACGACUUGGCGGCCAGGCGGAAGAACGCCACGCGCGAGUCGACGGCCACGCUCAAGUCGUGGCUGAACGAGCACAAAAAGAACCCUUAUCCGACCAAGGGCGAGAAGAUCAUGUUGGCGAUAAUCACCAAGAUGACGUUGACCCAAGUGAGCACGUGGUUCGCCAACGCCCGGAGACGGUUGAAAAAAGAGAACAAAAUGACUUGGGAGCCCAAGAACAAAACGGACGACGACGACGACGACGCCGGUUCGUCCGACUCCGAGGACAAGGACAAAGACGACAUUCUAAUGGGCGAAGAGAAACUCAAGGACCACCGAAAAGAUAACCACGUGGAUCACAUGAUGGGCACGGCGGGUGUGAUGUCGGACGGCGACGACGACCGAAAACCGAUGCUCCAACACCUGUACCACCCGGACCAGAUGCACCACAUGAAAGUGCACCACGGCAUGCAGAGCGACCACCACCAGGACUGCGGUAUACCGUUGCCGCCGACCAAGCCCAAGAUAUGGUCGCUGGCGGAUACCGCUGCGUCCAAAACGCCACCGCCCGGCCACCAGUGGCCUAACGUCAGCCCCAGCCUAGCAUCGCCGGGAUUCACCAUGCCCAACUCGUCGCUGUCCCCUUCCGGAUCGUCCUAUUCCAGAUACGGCACGAACGGGUUUUACGGCUACAAUGGCGGCAACAGCAACUCGUCGUCGUCGUCGGCACAGCAAAUGGCCGGAUAUCCUGACGUGCAGACCGACACGCCACCGCAAACCCCGCCCAACAUGAAGUUACCGUCGGCCGCCUCUUCCGGUCAGCAGCAAUUCGGCCAUCAGGGUUACAACGGGUACCAUCACCACCAGCAGCAGCAACAGCAACUCGGCUAUCACCGGCAGCAGCAGCAACAACAGCAGCAGCAGCAAGUUCAACAACAGCACGAUGUCAGAUCGGCCCAUCAACAAGACGUGCAAUACCAUCAACAGCACGCCAACAUUGUGCAACACGGCCAGCACAACAACAACAACAAUAAUAAUACGAACAACAACAACAACCAUCAGAUGGCCGACGCCAGUACGGCGUUUAAACCGUUUUACAAAACGCCUUCACACCCUCAACAGCAACAACAGCUCCAACAGCAACAACAACAGCAGCAGCAACAACAAAUGAACGGUUACGUUUCGCCGGUAUAAAAUGAACGGUAACCCUUCGAGGUCUAUAACUCAUAUGGCGAAACACGAAUACCUAAUAAAAUAUAAUAUAGGAUCUUGGGUAUUCGCGCGUUGCUCAGUCGACUCGGCAGCGCGGGCAUCGCUAUCGAAGACGAUUGUUCGAAUAAAAUACGAGCACUUGUCGGAAAGCCUUCGCCGUCUUCGCCCGUUUCAAAAAAAUUCACAUAGUUUUAUUUAUUUAUUAUUAGUUUAAAAACUAGUUGAACGUUCUAACUAAUAACUCUUACACUAUUUAACAUUGUAUAUUGUUGACGAUCAAUUAAUUGUUUUUGUGUUUUCUCAUAUAUUUAUAUGUAUGUAUAAACGUUUAUAUGUAUUAUUAUUAUAUUAAAAUUUAUCCCUCAAGUACUUAUUAUUAUUAUGUGUAAUGUAAAUACAAGUCGACGUGCCUAAGUAUGUAUUUUAGAUACGCUUAUUUAUGUUUGAUAUAUACAUAAUAUUUAGUACAUUUAUUAUUAUAUAAGAUGUUGUUUAUUGUAUAGAUAAUUAUAACUAAUUUAUUUGUUCGUGGUGUAAAAUGUAAAUAGUAUUAAAAUUGUUUUAUUAAAAAAAAACCUAUUUGGAGUGCAAUUUUGGG